AACGGAUUAAGCGGCGCAUUGUUUUGUUUCUCUCUGCGCGAUGAUUCUCUCUUUUAUUUGCUUACCUCACUGUGCUCAAAAUAUGCUGUUCGUAUGCUCCCCAUCCAUACGUUGAUCGACAUUCGACACCCACGACUGGAUGCCCUGUACAUGACUUCCUUCAGGGUACCUACCAACUAUGUGUGCACGGUGGCGUGGACAAGAUGUGAUUGAUUGUGACUUGCGAGUGCUCUAUCUGACACCGAUGUGAUUGCUCGUUACCCGCACGCUGCACCACAGCUGUGUCUGUGACGAUUGUUACGAGAUGUUACUUGACUUCCUCCGAUCGUUGUGUAACUGACCCAUGUAUGACCUAAGUAGUGUCGUUUAGUUAGUGCCUAUCUGACCGAACUUUGCUCUCUCCCGCUUUUAGCAAUCUUAACUAGUAGAUUACAUCAGAUCAAAGUUGUGUGAACUAACAAGAUUAAUAUAAAGUAGAAGAGGAAAUAACUUAACAUUAACUUUACCUUGCCCUUCUCCACGAAAAGUCCUUGCAUACCCUUUCCCAGCUAUACCGCAUCCUUCAGAGCCUUGCUUAGUGACCCUGCUUAGUUUCCCAAAAGCAAAAUCGCCUAUCAGCGAUACAAGACGAGACACCGAGUGAGAGAAGAAAGAAGAUGGACGCUUGAGCCCUGGCAGCUACGCGCCCUAAUCCAACAAGAACAAGAACAAGAGAACAAGAAAGGCGCUUGAGUGCUUGAGAGACGGCUGGGGCCAAGAUUACUUUACAAGAUUGCUUUACUGAGCGGGUUGGGGUAAAAACGCUGAACUCUAAGCACCUGGGCGGAGAGCUGACUGACGGUGACGUCCAGAGGUGGUCGCAGUACCGCGCCACCGGCAGCCCGGGGCGGCCUCAGGCGGCCUGCUGCGGCCGCCAGCACCGACAGUCGACAGAGACCAACCUGCACCCGGCACGUAGUCAUCCAUAAGGGUUCUUCUGUCUUCAAUGCAGCGCUGGAUACUAGGUGCUGAAUAAGUGUUUUGACAGCUUUGUGCAGUCCUAAGCACCGCCCUGAAGAACCAUGUCAGGAAGCGAUCUGGAUAGGUUUAUGCUGGCCUGCUCCGACCUCAAUCAGCCAGCCAAAUCACGGCUCUUUCAGAAUCGUCCUGGACUCAAGGAUAUCAAGGUGCAGUCGCGACCGACCACGCAACCAGCGAGUUUCCAGACGAGUGUCAAGGCCCGCGACUGGUCGCAGCUGGAUUUGGGGGACGCCUUUAGCCAGGCGGCACCGCCACAGCCGGCGCCGUCUCUGUCACCAGCGGCAGCCCCACAAUCGGUCGAUGUGAAAGCCGACUCUGACUGGGACGAGUUCGAUGAGUUCCAGAGCUGCCCGCCACCUCCGGCGCCGGCGCUCUCCGCGCCGCUGUUAGCCCCGACCUCGCUGACUGGCUCGUCCGCCCUGGCGACCGCCUUUCUGCCCCCGGCAGCCGGCCUCAGUCAGAAUGUACUCCAGAGCGGCCCGGUACCCAGCGACUUUGUCGCGCCGCCCAGCGCCGGGACUGGCUGGCCGCCGCAGGCGGAGCCCGUGGCAGCCGCCGCGUACACCCCUGUACCGGCCGUGCAACCUGCUGCCAAGCCCACACGAUUUAGACAGGGCCUUGUUCCGUUUAACGCCUACCCCAAGCACGAUGGAUCGCUGCUGGACCAGUCGCCCGUGGCUGAAGAAAGCGCCCCUUCACCGUACGACGGGCGACGAGGGAUCUACACUCAGGAAAAGGAGAUUCGGCGUCUGCCGACGUCAGAGAGUUUACCGCCUUCCGGCGCUGCUGUCGAUCAGCUGUUCGCCCAGAGUUGGUCACCUUUGACUUCAAAUACUUCGAACAACACUGGACAGGGCUGGAACGAACCUGUCGCAAUUGGAACACCGAACCUACUGGAGCUGGAGACACCCUCAAAUCUGCCGCCUAGCGUCAGUUCUAAUCAGAGCAACCCAGUCGCUGCCCCAGCCCCCAGUUUGGAUGUUUUUGCUGGUUCCCAGGCUCCGGCGCCGGACAGCUUUUCGGCGCCGCUGGUGCCACUGCAGCUGGAUCUGGGCGGUGUGUCGGUGUCGACCAAGCCCGAGGAGGCCGCUGACGAGGACUUUGGCGAGUUUGUGUCUGUGGAGCGUCCGUCGGCGAGCGGCGCGUCAAGUCGACACGGCUCGCUGCCCAGCCUGGACCUGCAGGUGGCGCCGGCGGCCGAGGCCGGUGAGGUGUCGCCACUGGAGCCGGACAGACGCGAUACCGACGGAGAGCCGGCGGCCGCCAAGCCGGACAAAUACGACAGCAUCCGACAGGAGGUGAUGAGCCCGCCGACGAUGGCCCGGUCGGCGCUAGUGGCCGAGUGGCGCCGCUGUCUGCAGGCCUGCUACGAGCUCAUUCAGGAGGGCGUGGCCCUGUUCGGCUCUGUGGACAGCCAGCGCACGUGCUCCGAGGUGGCUGGGUCACGCCAGGGGGCGCGCUAUAUGGACAACCUGAGCCGCGUGUAUCGGGUGGCCAGCCGGAUCGAGCGGGCCUGCGAGCGGCACAGCUGUGUGAAGGAGCUGGAACUGGUGCUCUCCGAGACCUGCAAAGCCUGGGCCAACCUGACGUCGUUCGUGGCCAAUUCGCCCGCCCAGACUGCGUCAGAGGUGCGCGACUGUUGGUCGGAGGUGGGCGCGUCUUCGCCAGCCUACUGCGGCGUGUGUCUGCUGCCCGCCGAGGAGGCGGCCGGUGACGAGCCGACACUGGCCUGCGCCGGCCACCAGUACCACGCGUGCUGCGCCAAUCUCUGGGUCAACCGGGUGGCCGACGUGCUUCCAGCGCUACGACCCUAGUCGCGUGUGGGAGUUAGCCCUAGCCGGAUAUCGACUAUUAUUUAUCUGAAUUUUAUGAGAUUGGUUAGUCAGUUUAUUUUAAUUUUAUCUAUUUAAUCAAUGGCCUGAAUGUUUGUGAUUUCUUCAAGUCUGUGGAACCGCACAUGAGUAUCGGCGAGGGUCUGGAGCUGAAGCUAUGUGAUUAAAUGGGGUAAAAGCGUCCUCUCGUUUGGGGAAAGUAAAAUGAUGUGUUGUGAUUGAACGAUAUACAUUCCGUGAUGUUUAUUCAUUUGAUGUGCACCUGCUUGUCGGAAAUAAGUGUUGAGUAUUUAUUGAGCAUUGUCAAAAAUCGGUCAUAAGUGAGUAUAAAUACCGGAAAGAUGUCUUCUAAUAAACGGACUACAUCGGUCCAAAUUGACGAUACAA